ACACUGUCUGGGGUUUCGGAGUCACGAAACAUAAAUGGAGUCUAUAAUUUAGAGGAUAGAAUAGACUGAGUGUUGAAACUGUUACCAAAUACAGCUGUACCUACAAAUUGCGGAAUGAUAAUAACACCAUGGCUUACAGCACACCAUUUAAAUUUGCGAAAAACAUUUUUAAAGGGGACAAAAACAAAACAGAUAGAUAAAAUAAAGCCGGGUAUGAGACAGAAAACGUGUUGUUAUCAAUGGAUAUAUACCAACAAUUUACAAGAGUAAAAUGUGCAGUUGUUGUUUUAGGGACAAAUAUGCUACAAUCCAUUUUUCUGAAAGUAAAGGAUAAUUUUCAGAUACGAGCUAAACUUCGAGAAAAAUUAAACACAAGAGAGUUUAAUCCUCUAUGUAUGGACUUUAUGAAGCUUUAUAAUCUCUGCACAAUGGAUGUUGUGGACCACGUACGCCCCUCCGAGGGUUGGGGAGAUCCUUACGUCAGACCACAAGACGCUUCUUUGGGUGAUGAUAUAAAACGACUGAAAUGGCUAUAUGACCAAUUAUCUACAACGGACUUAUGCAUGCAAUCUCACACGAAGGAGUUGCUUACAUCAAUUCUUAAAAUGGUAACUGAAAUCAUAAAUAGAUUUUCUACUUCUGAAAAUAUCGAUUUCACCAAAUGCUUUCAAAGAAUCAUGUCUGAAGAAGACAUUGAACAAAUGGAGAAGGAUAUCAAACACGUCAUGAUUGGAGAGACGGAGAUGAUGGACAUUCUAAGGAGAUAUAGAGAUGAUUCAUGUUGCAGUGGUAACACGCUUUUCACCGCCGUCAAAAUGCCGAGAUCAGAUCGUCAUCAAAACAGAGACGCGUUGGCUUCUAAAUGUUUAGCUCCGAGAGAAGCACCUACUAUACCGCAAACAUCAACCAGACCAACGACCACAAUGGAAAAACGGGAUCGUUCUCUUGGAAACAUGAGUGUAGACAAAUGCCUUUCAGAGAGUUUGACAGAAGAAAAUAAAAGAAACACAGUACAGCGCAGCUGGAGUUCCAGUUCAUCUAAUACUCGUGAGCGGGAGUUCGUGUGCAGUCAAGUAUACUUUGAUUUUGUACCUCCACAACUGAAUCACUUCGAGUAUACCAUGAAGGAGCUGGCAUGCAUUGAGAAAUCCAUCAAUCGUGGAAUGGGUCCUCAGAGCUUCACACCAACUGUGUCUCAAUACUUGUCCUUCACAUUUAUUCAUGGAAACCACAUGAAUUUAAUGCAAGCGUCUUUGAAUUUAUUUAAUGCGGUACCAGAGAAAACAGAGAAUGGCGAAAACAAGAGCGGGAUUAUCGUACUUUUUCUGGACAGGGAUAUUACAUUUGUAACCCUUAAGGAAAUGACAGAAUGCACUCUCAAGCAUGAAGCCAAAAAAGGAAAAUUGUUCGCAGUUGUACAAUCAGAGGAACUGCUGAAAGAUCGUGCUCAGCUGAGAAAUAUACUAAAACCAUAUUGUAGGAAGCAAUUCCGCACUGAGCUAAAGGUUGUAGACGUAAAUGCAGGAAUGCGAAAACUCUACAAUGAGUUUGAUGAAGUGGCGAAAGAAGUCGGGGCCAUCGUAAAAAGCCUUUUAUCAGAAGCUAAAAAUUCUUGCAUAAGUAAUGAUAAACUGAUUUCCAUAGAACAAAGGUUUUCCAAACUUCAGAAAGCAGACAAAUCAGAUGAUCGAUCACGGACAUCACAAGGAAAAAGGCAGAUACUUUUAAGCUUAAAGGAUAAAGGACUUCGGGGCUAUACUUUCGAAAACAAUACCCUUUUUCUAUAUUUUCAACGCCAUAUUACUGAAGAUGUUAUUCCACAGAAAAUUCGAACGGAGUUUCCAAAUUUGAAAAUUAUUCAUCUUGAUCAUCCACUAUUUACGUGUCAUCAUAAUAAGAUAAAUGCUGGCGAUAAACUGCAUCCUGUCAGAAACGCAGCAAUGAAUUAUGGAACUAUUGGUAUGUUUUGUGACGUUUACGAUCGAGUUAAAGAAUCGAGGGAGAGAUGUUGCAUCUCUAGUGCUCAUGUUAUAUCCUCAGAUCAAACAGCAUAUGUUAUCAAUGGGCAUACAGAACUUGGCUUGUGUGUGUGGCCACCCCGACCCAGAGAUAAUUGUGUAAAUGUGCAAGACGUUUCCGUGGUGAGAAUCCGAAGAAACUGUGAUUUUCAGAUAGAUACAAAAAUAAGUGUUGCUCUCUUCGAUAAAGAUAUUAGUGUUUUAAACAAAAGAAAGGUAUUCAAAUUCGGUGCAUCUACCAAAAGAACGACAGGGUAUGUAAGCAACACAAAUUUUGUAUUAGUGAUGGGUUCAGAAAUAAAAGUUUUUUUAAUCGAACCCGAAGAUGACGAAAGCAGAUUUUCGGUGCCUGGGGACAGUGGUGCAGUUGUUCUUACGAAGUUUGGAGAGGACAUCGAAGCAUUUUCGUUGAUUUUUGGAGGUGUAAACGACAUUCCUGGCCUACCUGGCAAUAAUGCGAUCGCAGUGGACUUGACAAAGGCUAUUAACAAUUUUGAAGAUUCUCAAAAUAAGAUUAUUGAGCUGGAAUCUUUACGUUUGUGAUGCAACAAAUAACAGUGACACCGAGUAUGAUGUGAUCAGUCUGUCUAAUAAGCAUUGCGUUGAUUCAUUGACGUGAAUGCACAAAACGUUACAUACAUAUGUAUGCCCAUGCUUGAAUAAGUGUUUGUCUUUAAUUUGAAUAUAUACUAUGAUGAAUAAAAUUUAUACAGUUUACAUGAGCUGAUAUGAAA